UCUGACCCGGUGUAUCGUCUCUCUCCCUUCCUGUUCCAAACCACGUGGACGCGCCUGGGGCUGCGGGGCUGCGGGAGGGAGCCCGGGCCGCCACUGCCGCUGUCGACGUCGCCGCCGUCGCCGCGAUACCCGCGCCCGUCCGAAGUCGCCUCGCCCCGGCCGCCCGCGCCGUUGCAGAGGGCGUGCACAUGGCGACCCAGGCGCACUCCCUCAGCUACGCGGGCUGCAACUUCUUGCGCCAGCGUCUGGUCCUGUCUACUCUGAGCGGGCGCCCUGUCAAAAUCCGAAAGAUUCGGGCCAGAGACGACAACCCCGGCCUCCGAGAUUUUGAAGCCAGCUUCAUAAGGCUGUUGGACAAAAUAACUAAUGGUUCUCGAAUUGAAAUAAACCAAACAGGAACCACCUUAUAUUAUCAGCCUGGCCUCUUGUAUGGUGGAUCUGUGGAACAUGACUGCAGCAUCCUUCGCAGCAUUGGGUAUUAUCUGGAAAGUCUUCUCUGCCUGGCUCCAUUUAUGAAGCACCCGCUGAGAAUAGUUCUGCGAGGAGUGACCAAUGACCAGGUGGACCCUUCGGUUGAUGUUCUUAAGGCAACAGCGCUCCCUCUAUUGAAACAGUUUGGGAUUGAUAGUGAAUCGUUUGAGCUAAAGAUUGUGCGACGGGGAAUGCUCCCUGGAGGGGGAGGUGAAGUGUUUUUCUCAUGUCCUGUAAGGAAGGUCCUGAAGCCCAUUCAGCUCACAGAUCCAGGAAAGAUCAAACGUAUCAGAGGAAUGGCGUAUUCGGUACGCGUAUCACCUCAGAUGGCAAACCGGAUUGUGGAUUCUGCAAGGAGCAUCCUCAACAAGUUUAUACCCGAUAUCUAUAUAUACACAGACCACAUGAAAGGAGUCAACUCUGGGAGGUCUCCGGGCUUUGGACUGUGGCUGGUUGCUGAGACCACCAACGGCACCUUCCUCAGCGCUGAACUGGUCUCCAACCGCCAGGGCCAGGGGGCAGCGGUGCUUCCCGAGGACCUCGGCAGGAACUGUGCCAAGCUGCUGCUCGAAGAAAUCCAUAGGGGUGGAUGUGUGGACUCGACCAACCAAAGCCUGGCUCUGUUACUCAUGACCCUUGGACAGCAGGACGUUUCCAAAGUCCUUCUCGGACCGCUCUCUCCCUACACGAUAGAAUUUUUGCGGCAUUUGAAGAGCUUUUUCCAGAUUAUGUUUAAAAUUGAAACCAAGCCAUGUGGUGAAGAACUCAAGGGAGGGGAUAAAGUGCUGAUGACUUGUGUUGGCAUUGGCUUCUCCAACCUCAGCAAGACCCUCAAGUGACACUGUCACAAGAUGAAAGGCCCCAAGGCCUCUAGACACAGCAGAAGCUGCCAAGGAACCAAAGGGACCAAGUUCAUCCAGGACAGGAUGGCCUCUUGUAUUAAGGACUUUUAAAAUUUUCCAUUUAAAAACAAUCAGGAUAUCCGAAUAAAAGAUGUCUCUCUA